GUUGUGCGUCCUCCCCACAUACAUGCUAAUUUGCUAAAUACCUGUCGUCGUUCGUCUUCAUCUUCUUCUUUCGUCUAUCUUUCAAUGCUGCCUAUAUCUCUGGCUUCUUCAACCACGAUCAAAGAUCUGCGUUUCUAUUCUUGGCCAGACCUUAAUCUUGGCAUUGGUUGCUUCUGUUUUUGUGCUGGAUAUCGAGUUUUCUGUUAAAUGCUGGCUGGAUUUUGAAUUAUUCAGGAUUCUGCGUCUCAGAUUGUUUUGGGGUUUCUUGCAAUUUAUUGUUGCAUCGGAAUAUUGGUUCGAACUUGAUAUCUUUCCGUCCUCGGAGGUUUGUUUCUUUCCAUUCAGGCCUAGAAACCCACUCCCAUUGUCCAAUACCUAACUGUAUCAAUUUUUCCCCCAAAGUUGGACGUGUUUUAGCCUUGAAGAUUUGGCAUUGUCUCUUUGUGCGUGCUUUGCCGGUUGUGGAACUUGUUUUGGUUUCUUCUGGUUAGGUAGUGUAUGAGUCGAAGGGAAAUUUUGUUUUGGAAUAUUGUGGACUAAUUCGUGUAUUAAAGAUGAAGAGACCAAAAAAUGAACCUCCCAAUUCGAGGAGGUUCAAAUUGUCUCAUUUUUUGCUCGGUAUUGGGGUGUUAUAUUUGAUUUUUAUAUCAUGUAAGUUUCCGCAAUUUCUGAAGAUUGUAUCACAGUUAAGUGGGGAUGAAAGCUACGCUACGCUGGAUGAAGCAACUGUAGGAGGCUCUAAUGAUGCAGAUUUAAGCAAACCCUUAUUUAGUUCUGUUUAUAAAGAUGUAUUUCACCGGAGCUUAGAAGAUAAUGAAGACCAGGAUGCUCCAACGAGGCCAAACAAGGAGCCGAUGAAAGAGGAACAUGCCCCGGAAAAUGUGAAGCAAACUCCACAGCGGUAUGGCAGGAUUACGGGAGAAAUCCUGCGUCGAUGGAACAGGACUAGUGAUUUGACUGUUUUUGAGAGGAUGGCAGACGAGGCAUGGACGUUAGGGUUAAAGGCUUGGCGAGAAUUAGAUAAGGAUGACGAGAAAGAAUCGGGAGAAAGCUCUAUCAUUGAAGGAAAACCUGAGUCAUGCCCUUCUUGGAUUUCAGUGAGUGGAGAAGAAUUGGUGAAGGGAGACCGGUUGAUGUUUCUUCCUUGUGGGCUUGCAGCAGGUUCUUCAAUCACUGUGGUGGGCACACCCCAUUAUGCUCGCAAGGAAUUCGUACCCCAGCUUGCAAGGUUGAGGGGAGGUUCUGGAUUGGUUUCAGUUUCACAAUUCAUGGUUGAAUUACAAGGGUUGAAGUCAGUGGAUGGAGAGGAUCCUCCUAAGAUUUUGCAUUUGAAUCCUCGUUUAAGAGGGGAUUGGAGUAAGCAACCUGUAAUUGAGCAUAAUACUUGUUACAGAAUGCAGUGGGGAAAAGCUCAAAGAUGUGAUGGUUUCCCAAGCAGCGAUGAAGAAGAAAUGCUCGUUGAUGGGCAUAGGAGAUGUGAAAAGUGGAUGCGUAAUGAUAUUGUAGACUCAAAAGAGUCCAAGACGACAUCAUGGUUCAAGCGGUUUAUAGGACGUGAGCAAAAACCAGAAGUGACCUGGCCAUUUCCUUUUGUAGAAGGUAGAAUGUUUGUACUUACACUGCUUGCUGGCGUUGAAGGAUACCAUAUUAAUGUUGGAGGCCGCCAUGUAACUUCAUUUCCAUAUCGGACGGGAUUUACACUUGAAGAUGCUACUGGGUUGGCAAUCAAAGGAGAGGUGGAUAUCCAUUCAGUUUAUGCUACUGCUCUCCCUAAAUCUCAUCCCAGUUUCUCACCUCAGAAAGUACUGGAAUUGUCAGAGACAUGGAAAGCCAGUCCUCUACCGAAAAGUCCCAUUAAACUUUUUAUUGGAGUUCUUUCUGCUUCUAAUCACUUUGCUGAACGCAUGGCAAUUAGAAAAACAUGGAUGCAAUCAGCUGCAAUCCAAUCUUCACAUGUAGUAGUACGAUUCUUUGUUGCAUUGAAUCCCAGGAAGGAAGUAAAUGCUGUGUUGAAGAAGGAGGCCACUUACUUCGGUGAUAUUGUCAUUUUGCCUUUUAUGGACCGCUAUGAGCUUGUUGUUCUUAAAACCAUUGCCAUCUGUGAGUUUGGGGUUCAGAAUGUGAGUGCUGCAUAUAUCAUGAAAUGUGAUGAUGAUACAUUUAUUAGAGUGGAUACCGUCUUGAAAGAAAUUGAUCGUGUUCCCCAGAAAAAGUCCCUUUAUAUGGGCAAUCUCAAUCUUUUGCAUCGGCCCCUGAGAAAUGGCAAAUGGGCUGUGACUUAUGAGGAGUGGCCAGAAGAAGUUUAUCCUCCUUAUGCAAAUGGACCUGCAUACGUGAUUUCCAAUGACAUUGUUCAUUUCAUCAUAUCUCAACACCAGAAGAGGAAGCUCCGGCUCUUUAAGAUGGAAGAUGUAAGCAUGGGGAUGUGGGUGGAUCGAUUCAACAGUACCAUGAGAACUGUACAGUACUCCCAUAACUGGAAAUUUUGUCAGUAUGGAUGCAUGGAGGGCUACUUCACAGCACACUACCAAUCACCAAGGCAGAUGAUCUGUCUCUGGGACAAAUUGACAAGAGGUAGAGCUGGAUGCUGCAACUUUAGAUGACGACGUGGAGCAAUACUACUCGACUCGAGCCUUUCUGUAUCAUCUUUGUAUUUUAGACCCCACCACUGACGACCGGGCAAGAAGAGAAUCUAACACGAACACGUCCCUGGAAAGGAGGCUAAUGAAUUGCAAGUUUUCGAAGGGAGAAAGGAUGGAGAGAAUACGUUUUUGGGUGUGUGUGUGUAUUGUGUAGAAGAGGAGAGGCAUUUAAUUGAGUGCCCAACUGUGACAAAACUGUUGAUUCUUGCUGGUUCGGUGUAUAAUUGAGAGGUGCAUUGUGUGUAUCCGAGAAUGUUGGCAGGUUCCUGUUUUUGGUCUAUUUAGAUAGAUCAAGAAUCUUAGUAGAUUUUUGGUUUUUUUAAUAGAUUAAGAAUCAAGGUAGAUUUCUUGUUUUAGUCCAUCUGGAUUGUUUCAGUUGGUAGUCUCAAGCCUCACAUGCUGUGGCACUCAAGUCCACGCAUAAACAAAGCACAAUCUAAUUCAUU